AGACUGACUGUAGAAGAGAAAGAAAAGAAAAGAAAAGAAAAAACCGGAAAAUCAUGCCGAGGUCUUUUCUUGUGAAGAGUAAACGGGCCCACAGUUACCACCAGCCCCGCUACGUGGAUGAUGACUGCAGUGGACUGGAUACGAUUCUGGCUCACGCGUGCUUUGAGACCAAAUCCCAGGCGGAGAACUUGGAGCCGCAGGUGAAUGUGUGUGCCGACAUUGACAGAUUGGCCCACGGGUCCCGGCUAGUGUCCCCGAGGUCGCUGUCCUCUGGCUCCCCGCUGAGCUGUGAAGGCAGCGUGUGUCACCGAUCAUCCGACUGUGAUUUCUGGCGUCCCCCGUCUCCUUCCUCCUCACCAGAUUUAGAGAAAUGCUCCACUCCAGCAGCGGAGGACGGUCAUCACUUCAACACCCCCCUCUUUCCCUACUCUUGGUCAGCAUACUCCAACUCUGAGCUCAGGCAUCUGGUCCAGGGACCAUAUCACCACCAGCAGCACCAGCUCCAGCAGCAGCAGGGUCACCACAAAGAGCCCGGCUCACCCAUCAGUAUGUACGGAGCAGAGGACAGAGGCGCAGAGGCGCUUUACGCACAGCGAGGCCCCGUGUCCGGAUGCUACCACGAUUUUUCUUCAGCGGCCCAACAAAUCCGCAGGAUGCAGGACGCCGGCGAGCUUUGUCUGGAUGUGAAGCCGAAGAAUUUCAGCGUGGACAUCAAGUCUGAAACGGAUUUCAUCUGCUCCAACUUUGAGUCAAAUGGGUCCUAUAAGUGCGCCAAAUGUUACAAGGUGUUUUCCACUCCUCACGGCUUGGAGGUUCAUGUCCGGCGGUCGCACAGCGGAACGAGGCCGUUUGAGUGCGGAAUCUGCGGGAAAACCUUCGGCCACGCAGUGAGCCUGGAUCAGCACAGAGCCGUUCACUCGCAGGAAAGAAGCUUCAGCUGUAAAAUCUGCGGCAAAAGCUUCAAGCGCUCCUCCACACUGUCCACGCACCUGCUCAUCCACUCGGACACGCGGCCUUAUCCGUGCCAGUACUGCGGGAAGAGGUUCCACCAAAAGUCAGACAUGAAAAAGCACACAUUCAUCCACACAGGAGAGAAGCCGCACAAGUGCCAGGUUUGCGGGAAGGCCUUCAGUCAGAGCUCCAACCUGAUCACGCACAGCAGGAAACACACGGGCUUCAAACCUUUCAGCUGCGACCUGUGCGGGAAAGGCUUUCAGAGGAAAGUGGACCUGAGGAGACACAAGGAGACGCAGCACGCACUCAAAUGAACAGACGCUUUAGAAACGAGAAAUUCUGCACUUUUAUUUGACUUGACCUGUAUGCAUUUUAUUUUAUUCUAUUUUAAUUGCUUGCUGCGUUUGCCUUCAUUUUCAUUUUUCUAUUGUUCAGUGUAGUCAAUUAUUUAGACCAAACUAUUAUGUUGGUUCAUGGAAAUUAAAUUGUAUUUAUGGAGUGUGUUUUUAAAUUAUUCAUAUUUAAAAGGUUGAAUGAUUUAUCAUUUUUAAACGCCUGCUUUAAACUUUCUUAACAGUGAAAUGGAAAUGCAGCACAUUUAGUCAAUCUGUUGGAUUUAUUGUCAGUCAUUAUUAAAAAUUAAAUAUUAACCUUUAAAGCUCA